AUGGCUAUAGCAAAUGCAGGCCGCCAGCAGUUUUACCAGACCGACCGUGUAAAGGCCUUUCAUCGAGAGCUGCUGCUGGCAGAGACCCUGAAGGAAAGGGAGGAUCAGAUCAAACUAAAUCGAAAGAUUGCCAAUGCCAAAAAAGAAGAAGAAAGGAGACUUUUGGCACAGAUCAAGCGCAAACAAAUGGAGGACUUUGAGCAGGAGCGCCAAAGAACCCUUCAGCAAAAGAUGGAGAGAAAAGCAUGCAACGAUUAUGUGAAGCAACAGAUGUGGAAUAAAGAGCUCACCAAAAGGCAGCAAAAUCUGGAAAAACAGAAGGAGAUGGAAGAAUGCACCAAAAUCCAAAUGGAGUACGAGAGAGAUGAGCAAAUGCUGAAACAGAGACAGCAUGAUGAGAAGAUGAAGGUCAGAAACAUUUACCUUCAGCAAAUGGCAGAGAAAAACAACAUCAAAGCAAAGGAGGCACAAAACCGAGACAUGGAGGAAAUGCGCCGUAGGCGUUUUGAAAUGGACAAAGAGCGGUGGACAAAGAUGAGCAGUGAGAAGGAUGCAGAGAAAUACAUGAGACGGGAGAGGCGCAGUGAGAUGCUGGGCGAGAGGCUUCUCGCACAGGAGCGGGAGAAGGCCCGCAGAGAGGAGGAAAUGAAUGCCAGGGCUCUGGCUAAAGCUGUGGCCGAGCGAGAGAUCAAGCUGAUGCAGGAGCGGAUCCGCAAGUCUGCGAAGGACAAAGACUUGCAGAACGCUAUGGCUGCUCAGCGCGAAGCCCGGCGCAUUGAGCGAGAGGAGAGAGAAAGAGAGGAGAAACAGAGAGGACGAGAUGAGCUCCUUGCCAUGAAGGAGGCAGAAAAGGUGUACUGGGAAAACCAGAGGCUGGCUACAGAGAGGAAGAAGCUGGAUCGCAUGAUGAUGGACGAUGCCCUGCGUCAGCAGAUGGCCGAAAAACGCCUCAAAGACCGGAUGGAAAAAGAGGAGCGACUCAACUAUGACAAGAAGCAGACGGAACUGUUUGCAAAGGAAGAGGAGGAGUUUCACGGUUACACCGCUGGGGUGAUCAAAGCAGCUGCAGAUGCUAACAGGGAUACGUACCCACUGCGCAAGGCUGCAGAGAGAGGCAUUGCCUCUGCGCUAGGCCCAAUCACUGGAGGAGUGAGAGCUAAUUAUCUGGUUCCUGGAGCCAACUACUCCGACAUGCCUAGAUAUGUCAACAGCGCAAACCGAGAUAUCACCAGAUUGUACAGGCCCACUCAGUUCGAGUCAACCAAGGAAAGACUGGGCUUCAUCUGGUAA